AUGGAUUCGGGUUUCUGGGCGGGCUACCUUAGCGGUGCCCUUGGGAUUAUCAUUGGAAAUCCGUUAGAUGUGGUCAAGGUUCGGCUUCAAGCGGGCAGCGCGGCUCAUGCCCCGCCAUCCCAUCUAUCCGGAAUAGAGAAGGCGGGCUCACUUGUUCGAGGUGCGGCUGCGCCAAUUUUGGGAUAUGGAGCCCUCAAUGCAGUCCUCUUUAUGGCAUACAAUCGGUUGCUGAUGACUAUGGAUCACUCCAUUGUGGACCCCACGAACCCCGAGGGAGUAUCUUUGUACAAAAUUUGGGUUGCUGGCGCCGCUGGCGGACUAGCUAGUUGGACUAUCUCUGCUCCAACCGAAUUCAUCAAAUGCCGGGCACAAAUAGAUUCUCGUCCGGAGGUUUCCUCAUGGUCGGUUGCCAAGGAUAUAUAUCGUUAUCGCGGCUGGCGAGGCCUUUACUAUGGAGGAGGAGUCACGAGUGCUAGAGAUGCAAUUGGCUAUGGAUUCUAUUUCUGGUCCUAUGAGCUCUGCAAGCGCCUUAUGACAACCCAAAAUGAAUCUUCCAACCAAGCAGCCAUGAAAGUCCUCCUAUGUGGUGGAAUUGCCGGAAUUGUCACCUGGGGAUCAGUCUUCCCCUUGGACAUGAUUAAAACCCGACUCCAAGCGCAGACUAUGCAUGAUAUGCAUGAUGUGCAUACUUCCCCGGGUUCUGCAGAGCGCCAAUCUCUUGUGCGCCCACGCCAGACCCUGACCACAUUACAAAUUGCCAAAGAGGCGUACAGAGCUGAGGGUUUGAGGCCUUUCUACCGAGGAUUGGGCGUCUGCAGUAUACGAGCUUUCAUUGUAAAUGCUGUCCAGUGGGCGGCAUAUGAGUGGUUGAUGAAAAGCUUUACUCAGACACUAAGCCAGCCAUUAAGCCUCGAGCCGAUGACCCAACGUGCCUAA